AUGGAUAGAAGAUCAGGUAAAGGAAAUUUAAGGGGUAACAAGAACUACGUCAGGUAUAAUGUACGAGUAUUACGCAAAGGAGGUGGCAUCGAAAGCAUUAGUGAAUGCGAGGUCGGCACUACCGUGAUGUACCAAGAGGACUGUUUUGACCCAAGAAGUGCUUCGAGUGAUGAUGAAUUGCAGCAGAAUUUUACCAUGGGAGAAAGUAGUGAAAAAGGUCGAAGACUUUUUACUACGCAUGCAAUAUUCUGGUUAUGACAAGAAGUUUAGAUAUGAGGUUGUAGCCUCUGCGUUGAAUGCAUAUAGAGUACGAAAAGAAGCUGAUGAAAGUGGGGAACGACCAAUGUAUAGACCAAAGGGGUGGAAUAAGAGGAGAGAACGAAGGAGAAAAUAAGGAAAAAGAAAAAUUGGUAUGCAAAAGGAGGAAACGAAUCAGUAAUUUUUGUUCCAGCUACAAGAUCGCAACUACAAAGAGAAUAUCAACGGGAAAUCAGAAAGCUAGGUUUCAACAUCAAGGUAGUUGAGAAGGCAGGCAACACAUUGAAGAGGAUGUUACAACGAUCAGAUCCAUUCAAGCUAGAGAACUGUGGCAAGAGUGUGUACAACGGGGGGAAAAGGACCUUGUGGUGGACAUAG